AAACAUUUGAAAACGCAGACCGUUUACAGGCGGUGGGAGGAAGGAAGAAGGCAGCGUGUUUUCAACACAUUUAAGUCGUGGCCAACAGCUCUGCACGCACUACAGGGAUGUCGUGGGACUUUUUUGUGCCCGUGUGCGUGGGGGACCUGGUGAAGUCCGGGGGGAUCAACCAGUAUGUCGUCCAGGACCUGGUGUCUCCAAAACAGUUGCCGUCUCAGCUGAGCAAAUUCAAGGCAGCAUUGAGAAGCCAGGGUCCUAUGUGUAUAUUGGAACAUUUUGAUACAGGCUACAGCCUGUUACAACACUUCAACUCUGUGGAUCCGGGAGUGAAAGAAGAUGCUCUUGAAUUACUUGUACAAGUGGUUGGGAGCCUAUCCACUUCCCUGCCGGCACUUCUCAUGUCAACCUCCAUCUCUGCUUCUGAGCGCAAAGAGAAACUUAAUGCAGUUAAAAUGAGUGUUUUCCUGCUCUGCAAACUCACAGAGAAUCUUGAAAGCGUUUCCUAUCGACAGAGUAUUGUCACAGCACCUGGAAAGGGUGGUAAAAAAAACAAAGCUGGUGAAGGACUGAUGCAGUGGGACUCGGAGAGAGAGAAGGUGCUGCAGGCUCUCAUCCAGCUCCUCCAACUGGAUAUCCGGUCCCUCUGGAAUCUCUCCCUGGUGGAAGAGGAGUUCAUCAGCUGUGUGACCUGCUGCUGUUACAAGCUACUGGAGAACCCAACCAUCAGUCAUGUCAAAAGUAAACCCACCAGAGAUGGUAUAAUACAUCUGCUAGGGUUGCUGAUCAAGAAGUACAAUCACCUUCUAGGUGCUAGUGUGAAAGUGAUCCAAUUGUUGCAACACUUUGAACAGUUGCCAUCCGUAUUUGCCCAGGCUGUGUCCACAUGGUGCACAGAAUAUGGAGUCAAAGCGAUCAUCGGAGAAGUCAUAAGGGAAAUUGGUCAGAAGUCAAGUGAAGAGCUUGCCAGAGAGGGCUCUGGUGUCAAAGCUUUUGCUUCUUUCAUCUCAGAACUUAGUGCCCUGGUACCUGAAUUAAUCCUCCCCAACAUUAGUGUCCUCAUCACACACUUGGAAGGCGAGAGCCCCACAAUGCGUGUUGCUGUCUGUGAAGUGCUGGGAGAGAUCCUCGUGAGGGUCCUGUGUGGUGAUGGGUUAGAUGAGGCUGGCAAAGCCGGCCGUGACCGUUUCUUUGACACACUGCAGGAACAUCUGCAUGACACUCACUCUCACGUCAGAACGCGUGUGCUGCAGGUCUACGCACGCAUCGUCAACAGCAAAGCGCUGCCCUUGUGCAGGUACAGUGAAGUGAUGGAGAUUGCUGUAGGGAGGCUGAUGGAUAAAUCCAUAAAUGCGGUCAAGAGUGCCAUCCAGCUGUUGGCAGCUUUCAUUGCACACAAUCCAUAUAGCUGCAAGCUGAGCAGUGCAGAUCUGAAGAAACCUUUGGAGAAAGAGAGUGCUAAACUCAGCGAAAUGAAAGAGAAAUUACAAGGGAAAGCACCUGUUGCAGUGAUCAAAGCUUCUGAGCUUUGGGCUGCCAUGGAGCCCGAGCUCCUCGUAACUGCCAGGGCAGUGCUGGAGCCCACAAAUGAGGAAGAGGCAGAGCAGGAUGUGGAGGAAGAAAAGGUAGAGGAUGACGACAGAGCAACUGCAGUGAAGAUAGCUCAGUACCUCCGUGUCAACAAAUACAGGAAUGCCAUUCAGCUUUGUAUAACGGCUCACAGCUGCUUCCCAGAAUCUGAGAUGUUUGCAUCCCUUUCAAAUGUCACCCCAGAGAAUCUUAUGGACACAAUGGCUUUGAUUUUCAAAGGCUCUGAAGACGACCCAGAGCCCAGCGAGAACUUGCCACCAACCCCACAGAAAAAGGAAGAUAAGGAGGGGGAGGAUGGUGAGCUAAAGAAGCAGGAGAUGUUGGUGCAGUAUUUGAAAGAUACAGAAACCUUUUCCUUGCAAGUAGAGAGUGCAAUCUCUGUCAUCAACACCAUGCUCUACUGGAAAACAACUUCAGUUGUCCAAGAGGCAGUGCAGUUUUGUGUGACUGUAUGCGAGUUCGGUGUUGCUAACUCUAUCAGUGGAGUGAGGAGGAUGUUACCUCUGGUGUGGUCGGCUGACGCUGCCAUUAAAGAUGCUGUGGUUCAGGCCUACAGACGCCUGUAUCUGAACCCUCAAGGAGACAGUACCAGGACGAAAGCCCAUACUCUUGUUGACAAUCUCUCUGAACUGAUGUUGGAUGCUUCUCUGGGAACUAUACAGUGCCUCGAGGAAAUUGUGCAGGAGUUCUUUGGCAGUGGCAGCAUUCUUCAGUCUACUGUAGUUCAAGUCUUGUGGGAAAGAUUUACCGGUAAACGGGAAACCUCUGUCUUACAUAGACGAGCUGCUGUGCUGCUGUUGGGCAUGGCUGCACGGGCGGAGAGAGAAGUGGUGCUCAGUAAUCUGGACACCCUUUGUUCAGUGGCCCUGGGAGAAAAAGUGACUGAAGACUUCCUUCUAGCAAGAGACGCAGUUAUCACCAUCUGCAGCAUCACCGACCAUGUCAGGCAAUCAAAAGGAGCUCCUUUCAGACUGCCUCAGGACCAUCAGCUCUUCACCUGCCUCACACAAGCCAUCUCUGAAGGUGUUGUAAUGGAAGACCUUUACUGGCAGAGCUUCAUGGAGCAGGCUGUCCGUCUUAUCUACUUCCUGGCUGAAUCCCCAGACCAGCUGUGCUCCCGGCUGCUUCAGCGAAGUGCUCGACUUUUACUAGAUCACAUUGCGGAGAGCGGCGAAGUCAAUAAGGACGUUGGCCACAUACAAGAUGAAUCCAGUGAGCAAGUGAACUCUGUGUGUCUGGCCCAGCUGUUGGCUCUGUGUGGAAGCGUGGCUUUCUGGCAGGUGUCUCACCUUGAGCGCAGUGUGAGUAGUGAGCUGCGAAGGAGGAGAGGGGAGACUGAAGAGAGGGAGGAGAAGGAAAAAGGACCUGCCAGUAAAGCCAAGCAGCAAGCGGCCAAUGAAAGUGCCAUGGAGGAGGAACUUGGAUUAAUUGGUGCUACUGCCGAAGAUAGUGAAGCUGAACUCAUCAGAACCAUCUGUGAAACAGAAUUGCUGGCUGAGGAGAACCUGCUGAGUGCAUUCCUACCUCUACUGGUGAGAGUCUGCAGCUCCCCAGGACACUAUACCCACCCCCAGCUCACCACUGCUGCGUGUCUGGCACUGUCUCAGUACAUGAUGAUAAGCCCAUCAGUGUGUGAAGAAAAUAUCCGUCUCAUGUUUACGGUGCUCGAGCGUGCUACUCUUCCUGUAAUACGGGCCAAUGCCAUCAUAGCUCUGGGAGACCUAACGGUCCGUUUCCCAAAUAUUUUGGAGCCCUGGACACAGAAUCUCUAUGCAAGGCUGAGUGAUGAGGUUCCUUCAGUGAGGCAGACAACUGUGACAGUUCUUACUCAGUUGGUGCUUAAGGAUGUGCUCAAGGUCAAAGGUCAAGUCAGCGAGGUGGCAGUGCUGCUAAUUGACCCAGAACCACACAUCGCUAGCUUGGCUUUGAACUUCUUCAAUGAGCUGUCCACAAAGGACAAUGCGAUCUACAACCUUCUCCCAGACAUCAUCAGCCGCCUGUCUGAUCCCGAGAGAGGCAUGAGCUCCGAGGACUUCAACACCAUCAUGAAACAGCUGUUCUCCUACAUCACUAAAGAAAGGCAGACUGAGUCUCUGGUAGAGAAACUAUGUCAGCGCUUUAGAACGGCCAAGACGGAGCGUCAGUGGUGUGACUUGGCCAUGUCCCUGUCUCUGUUAUCCAUGUGCGAGCGUGGUUUUAAGAGGCUGCAAGAAUGCUGGGAGUGUUACAGCGACAAGUUAACUGAGUCUGGCGUCUACCAGCCUCUGCUCUCUAUCACUUCCAAGCUCCGUCGAGGGGCCAAACCACAGUUAAAGGCUCAAGUAGAUGAAUUUGAAAAGCGGCUGACUGCAGUUCACACACGUGGCCUAGAGAACGUAGAAAGUCCUGAGCUGGAUGAGGAGAAUCAGAGAGGAGGAACAGCUGAUAAGACUGUUACGCGUACACCUCUACCCACCAGAGGCCGUCAAAAAUCAAAGAGAGGUCAAACAAAGUCUGUUUCCAGCCAAGGUGAUGACAGUUUUGUGACUCCUCGAGCAUCUCGCAGGCCUAAAAAACCGGCAAUCACCUUCAGCAGUGAUGAAGAGGAGGAGGAUGAGGAAGAUGCUGUGAUGGCAGAGAGUGAGACCCCAAAAGUGACGACACCAAUUGCACGCACAUCUCGACGGGCUCGUCUCAGAAACUAAUUUUCCUUUUCUUUUUUGUCUUUUUUUAAAUGUCCUUUUUUAGUAUUCUAUCUUUUAGAGUUGUAUUAACUGUUUUUAUCUUGUGUAUAUUUUUGUAUUCCACCAAUACUCAUGUUUGACACAAUGUAGUCUGAUUUGAUCUUAUGGCACAGAGUCAAAAAGCUUUUAAUAAACCUUUGUCUGGUUUUCCAAACGAA